AGCGGACUCCCACGGGGUAUCUCAGCACGCCCAGCCACAGAGCGAGGCACUGAGCCGCUCCGCAGCCGUGGGGAGGCGGGGCGAUGGGAGCGGGGAGGCUCCCACAGGCGGCCCGGAGCUGCUUUACGGCGGGGUUGGGUCCUCCCCCGCCUCUUCCUGUUGUGAAGCCGGUGCCUAUGGCCGCUGCCCUGGCGGCUCCCCGCUGGCUCCCGGCGGCAGCCGCCCUGCUGUGGGUGUGCUGCGGCUCGGCGGCUACUGACGGGAUCCAGGACCAAGCAGAACAGUUUUUUAGAAGUGGGCACACAAAUAACUGGGCAGUUUUGGUAUGUACAUCUCGCUUCUGGUUUAACUACCGUCAUGUGGCGAAUACACUUUCAGUUUACAGAAGCGUCAAGAGACUAGGCAUUCCUGAUAGUCACAUUGUCCUGAUGCUGGCAGAUGAUAUGGCAUGUAAUCCCAGGAAUCCCAAACCAGCAACUGUGUUUAGUCACAAAAACAUGGAGCUAAAUGUUUAUGGGGAUGAUGUGGAAGUGGACUAUAGAAGCUAUGAGGUUACUGUGGAGAAUUUCUUGCGCGUAUUAACAGGAAGAAUCCCACCAAGCACACCUCGAUCCAAGCGCCUACUUUCUGAUGACAGAAGCAAUAUUCUAAUAUAUAUGACAGGUCAUGGUGGAAAUGGUUUCUUGAAAUUUCAGGAUUCUGAAGAAAUCACUAAUGUAGAACUUGCUGAUGCCUUUGAACAAAUGUGGCAGAAAAGAAGAUACAAUGAAUUGCUGUUUAUUAUUGAUACCUGCCAAGGAGCAUCAAUGUAUGAACGAUUUUAUUCUCCAAAUAUAAUGGCCUUGGCUAGUAGCCAAGUAGGAGAAGAUUCACUUUCACAUCAGCCUGAUCUUGGGAUUGGAGUUCACCUUAUGGAUAGAUACACAUUUUAUGUCUUGGAGUUCUUGGAAGAAAUUCACCCAGCCAGCCAGACCAAUAUGAAUGACCUAUUUCAGGUAUGCCCUAGAAGUUUGUGUGUUUCUACACCUGGACACCGGACUGAUCUUUUUCAGAGAGAUCCUCAGAAUGUUCUAAUAACAGACUUCUUUGGCAGUGUACGAAAGGUGGAAAUUACAACAGAGACCGUUGCUCUGGAUCCUAACUUAGUUGGCUUGGAAACCAGGGUUCCAGAUGAUGAGAUGGCAACAGAACCACUAAAAUAUGCCGAACAGCUUCCUGUAGCUCAGAUAAUACACCAGAAACCAAAACAGAAAGACUGGCAUCCUCCAGGAGGUUUUAUUCUAGGACUCUGGGCAUUGAUUAUCAUGGUUUUCUUUAAAACGUAUGGAAUCAAGCACAUGAAAUACAUCUUUUAGGUUUUCUGAGCAACCAAGAUGAUUGCACUGACUGCAACAUGGGAUGAAAAUUGGUGUUAUCAAAGGUUCUUUAUUUGUGUAUUAUGUCUGUUUGUAGUGACAAAUAAUGCUGAAACUCGCAUCUAGAUGCUCUUUUGAUGUUGUGUCAUCUGUCCUCCUUUCAGUAAAAAGCCUAACUAAUGGUUAUACUAUUAGAUAAUUUUAUACUUUCUCAUUUAAACACAUUUUAAUGCUGUUUAUGAGCAAUUUUUCGUCCUGUGUUUUCAGAGACAGCAGGAAAACCGAAGAUCUCAGCUGAAUCUUUAAAAUGUUAUGGCUGUUUAUGAAUUGUAAAAAGGAAGAAUUCUUUCCCUUCCACCUCUAAGUAAAUCUUUUUAAAAGUUAUCCCAUCACUGGAACAAAGGUCUAGACAAUAUGCAGAACCUUAUUUAAGUAAGAUGUCAUUUUAUCAAUAAAAACUUAAGUCGCUCUACGGACUUCAGGCAUGACAUAUUGAAAACUUGCUCGACAGAAACAAAAAUAUUGUAGAAAAUAUUGAUUUUUUGUGUGUUAAAUGCAAUCCUUUAGAUCAGUACUUUUACCUAGGGCAAUUUUGGGUUUAGGAUUCUGAGCCAUUAGAAUUGAAAACAAAAAUAUGGCCAAACAAUGACCUCAUUUAAUCUAGUUGAAGAAAAAGCUGCCAAAAUGU